CAUCGCGGUCUUCGGAUUCAGAUCUCCGCUAGCCUUAACGACAAACAAUAUUUAUUGAUUUCCAGGAAGCGAUCAACUGCAUAGCACGUGCAUCAUUUAUUGUCAUACACCUCCUCUAUCGACGUAGCAUUUAUAAUGCAUCGUGCUUUGUCUGUCUCAGAAAUCCUUGUGCAGAUAUUCAUCAAUUUAGAUCAAUUCCGGAGCGUAGGCGGCUGGACUCAUUCCCUGACACAAAAAUCCCUUGCAUCGCUUGCCCGGACAUGCACAACCUUCCACGAGCUUGCGAUGGAUUUGCUUUGGGCUAACAUACCUGGUUUAAGACCACUGUUUGGCUGUGUGACCAGGCUACAUCCAGUGAUAUAUAAUCCCAAGUCCAAGCAUUCCUGGUCCCAGGGCGUUGACCCAUUAGCCGAGCACGAGCUCCAUGAAUUUUUGCGUCAUUCCGCCCGCGUGCGCAAUAUGACUAUAUCAGCCAACACUUAUUUUCACCUUCUGACCGCCCUCCCCAUCGAGCCAUGCGUGUUCCCAGGACUGCUGUCGUUAUCCUGGAUGGUUCAACGCACGAAUACAGGAGACUUUCGCUUUUUCCUGUCCCCAACACUGCGCCGUUGUUAUGUAUCGGAAUUCCAUCCAGAUUUGAGAUAUUUUGGAACGCGCUGUGCUGUUCUGGAGGAAUUUACCAUCCUGGGGAAUAGUGACAUGGCGCAGCUGUCUGAAACUGUUCGUUCAUGCACGAGGCUCAGACAUCUGCAAUGUCCGUCGCCGCUCGACUCGGCAGCAUGGAUGCACCUCUCCUCCAUCCCCACCCUUCUCGAGGUGAAGAUUUUCGCAUCGCGCAUGAUUCAUCACCCCUUGGACAAUCUUAAUUUUGCAACUUUCCUCAACCUCACAACUCUUUCCUUCCGUGGAAUACAAGUGGCAGCCGUUGUCACAAUCAUGCAACAUUUCGAAUUCCCCUCGCUGAAGGAGUUCGAGAUGCAUGUCCGUGUUUUAGGUUGGGAAGGGGCUGAGCAGCUUUUCCGUGCACUGUCACAGUGCAAAGCAUCCCAAACCCUUGAACACAUCAACAUUUCUUCCCGCGAUAGAAUUCAGGAACACUCAAGCGACCCUUUGACGGCCAUUAGACAGUUUGUUUGCUUUAAGCAACUGCGAACACUGAAACUAUCUGCUCAUUACUCCAUCUAUCUCGACAACGACCUUCUUUUUGAGGCCAUGAAAAGCUGGCCGCAUAUUCGCUCCCUAUCACUAGUGGAUUGGCAUCUUUGUCCACCUACCGUUACAUUCGGCGGGUUGUUCGCGGCGCUUCGUCUAUGUCCACACUUGCAAGACAUAGAAAUAACAGUCGACGCUCGGAAUAUCGACAUCGAUCCUGAAGCCGAGUCAUUCCAACAUACCUCCCUGAAAAAUUUGACCUUAGGCUCGUCUGAGCUCGAGGAUGUGAAUGUUGAAACUGUUGCUCGCAUCGUUUUCUCCAUGCUUCCUGCCGUCGACCGAGUUAUAUAUGCAAGCGGCAGUAUCACACGAGUGUGGCACAACGUCAACAGGCAUCUCGAACUCCUUAGAAAUAAUCCGUCCUCGGCGGCUGGCCGCUAUAUCACACGAGUAGCAUCAGACGUGAGUUAGGGUACGCUCAUGUUCAGGAAUUGUUAGCGUCAGAUACUUCCAUGGUUAGAAUGAGGAAGUUGGGGCCCAGAAUGAACAAGGCUGACUGUCAAGACAUGUUAUCUGGACUCAGUCAAUCUGUUGUACUCUUUGAUUUUCGAGGGGCAUAUAUCAAACAUUUGUACUUUACGUCAAUAUUUUCGAUGGUUGUAUGAUCUGAUCAAGUAGUUCAACUGAGCCAUCGUAAGCUAGUAUUCAGAAAGAUGCUAUAAGAACCAGGAGUAUUGACAUACUUGUUCUCGCAUGCGGAUCGAUACCUGGCGUGCAGUGCAAGACACUAAUGAACUUGCAAUCAUGUCAAUCCUUGAUUGGGUGCGGACCAUAGUGACCCAUGGUAUUGCAAGCUAUUAUUG